AUGACAAGGCUCAAAGCAAAAUAUUCACCUACAAAAGGUAAAAGAAAAGAAGAUAAACAUACAAAACGUAUGCGUAAAUCAUCCUUCACAAGAACGCAAAAAAUGCUUGAAGUAUUUAACGAUAAUCGCUCGCAUUUUAACAAGUACGAGAGCCUCGCUAUCGACGUUGAAGACGAUGACACUUUCGGAAACCUAGUCUUAAUGGAAAAUGAUAAAAGUGAUGUCGACAUACCUGUAAUAGAAGAAGUCACAUCAAGUGAAGAUGAACAAAGGGCAGAAUCUAGCAAAAGAAACAAUUCUCUCGAAGAUAAUCAAGAUUUUAUUGCUUUUUCGGACAGCUCUGAAGAUGAAACAGAACAAAUAAAGGAAGAUGAUGAUGAAAGAAGCAGUUUUCUGUUGACCGAUGAACAUGAAGUUUCUAAGCUUACUUCACAGCAAUCUCUGAACACUGAAAGCGCUUGCAAUGUGGAGUAUCCUUGGAUAAGAAAUCAUUGUCAUUCGAAACAAAGGAGAAUAGCAGAUUGGCUAACUUCAGAAAUCAAAGAUUUCGUUCAUUAUAUCUCUCCAAGCAAGAACGAAAUCAAGUGCAGAAAUAGAACGAUCGAUAAACUACGCCGGGCGGUCAAGGAACUGUGGUCGGAUGCAGAUUUGCAUGUGUUUGGUUCUUUUGCCACCGAUUUAUAUUUGCCGGGUUCUGACAUUGACUGUGUCGUAAACAGCCGGAAUCGCGAUAAAGAGGACAGAAAUUACAUUUAUGAAUUGGCGAGACAUUUGAAAAACAAAGGGCUAGCUAUAAGAAUGGAGGUUAUUGUUAAAACGCGAGUGCCUAUUAUCAAAUUCAUAGAGCCCCAAUCACAGUUACAUAUCGACGUUUCAUUUGAAAGAACGAACGGGUUAGAGGCUGCAAAACUCAUCAGGGAAUGGCUAAGAGACUCUCCAGGGUUACGUGAACUGGUACUGAUAAUAAAACAAUUUUUGCAUUCAAGACGAUUGAACAAUGUGCACACAGGAGGAUUGGGAGGUUUCACAGUAAUCUGUUUGGUUUAUUCUUUUUUAAAUAUGCAUCCGCGAAUAAAAUCAAACGAUAUCGACGUUCUAGAUAACCUGGGUGUUCUACUGAUUGACUUCUUCGAACUUUACGGAAAAAAUUUUGGUUAUGAUGACGUUGCUAUAAGCAUAUCUGAUGGUUACGCCUCUUAUAUUCCUAAAUCGUGUUGGAGAACUUUGGAACCUUCAAGGAGUAAAUUCUCGCUAGCUAUUCAAGAUCCUGGUGAUCCUAACAAUAAUAUAAGCAGAGGCUCCUUUAAUAUGAAGGAUAUAAAAAAGGCCUUUGCUGGUGCCUUCGAACUGUUGGUCAAUAAAUGCUGGGAAUUGAAUUCUGCUACAUUCAAAGACCGCGUUGGAAAAAGUAUACUCGGAAACGUGAUCAAAUACCGUGGGCAAAAGAGAGAUUUCAACGACGAAAGAGAUUUAGUGCAGAAUAAAGCCAUCAUUGAAAACGAGCGCUACCACAAGAGGCGCACGAGGAUAGUUCAAGAAGAUUUAUUUAUAAACGACACCGAAGACUUGCCAGUAGAGGAGAUCUACAAACUUGACGAACCUGCAAAGAAGAAACAGAAGGCAAAAAAGGAUAAGAGAGAAGGGGAAAUCAAAAAGAGUGCCAUUCCAUCUCCACCUCCGGAUUUUGGAGUGAGCAGAAGCAAAUUGAAACGCAAAGUGAAAAAAACUGAUCAGGGCUCUCUCCUACACCAAAACAACCUCAGCAUAGAUGACUUGAUGGGACUUUCUGAGAAUGAUCAAGAAUCCGAUCAAGAUCAAAAAGGAAGAGAUACCCCUUCGGGACAAGAUGAGAAAUCACCACUGGAAACUAAGACAGUAGAUGCUCAAACGAGAAGGGACUACUGGCUCUCUAAAGGCCAGGCUCUUUAA